UAUUGAAACAGAGGAACCAGGCACUGUUACCCUUCCAGACUCCCUCUCCAAAUCCACUGCAGGUAUCCAGGGAGCUGAAAAUUUGGCGUCUAGGUUUUCCUCAUCAGUCAGUACAUUUCAUUGUACACUUCAUCACAUGAGGCAGGAAAGAUGGCUGCAAUAGCGCUUUUUCAGCACUGACAUUUGUUUCUUUGGGACAGAUUGCUUCGUCCUUAUUGUUUCUUCAAAUAGGUCUUUUUUUUGUUGCACUCUGAGGAGUUUAUGACAAAGUGACUUUUUAAUUUCCCAGCUCUGUGCACUGGUGGAAUACUAUCACUCCUUAUUGGGACCGCCCUGACCUGCCUUCAGCAAUGCUGACUGAACCGUGUGGAGCCAUGUCCGUGGGGUCAGACGUUCGUGAUCUGACCCUCCUGCCACCAGCGCCGCCUGUUCCAUCCUUGCCGGGAGCCGGCGGCGGCUGCGGGAUGUCGGUCGGCGGCGGCCAGUGGACCCAGCUGCUGGACCUGCACCCCGGCUCUCCCUACAGCUCCCUGCCCUCCCACCACUCGCUCAUCAAGCAGGAGCCCGGCUGGGGGACCGCCGACCCCAUGGAGGACCCUCACUGCGGACUCGGGGCCUUCACGGUGCACUUCUCUGGCCAGUUCACAGGCCCGGGCCCCUGCCGGGUCGGAGCCUUCGGAGAGCCAAACACAAGUCAGCCGAGGAUGUUUCCUAACGGAGCCUACCUGCCGGGCUGCGUGCAGGACAGCCAACCCGCAGCCAGGAACCAGGGUUACGGCGCGGUCGGUUUAGACAGCAACCCCAGCUACGGCCACACUCCGUCCCAUCACGCCCCUCAGCUCUCCAGCCUGUCCUUCAAGCACGAGGACACGCUGUCGCCGCCAAACAACAUAGUUGACCAGCAGUAUCCAGCUCCUAAUCCCAUGUUCGGCUGUCACAACCCGUCAGAGACUUGUCCAAGCAGCCAGGCUCUGCUGCUGAGAAACUACAACAGUGAUAACCUGUACCAAAUGGCGUCCCAGCUGGAGUGUGUGACAUGGAAUCAAAUGAACACACUGGCGUCUUCGAUGAAAAGCGGCCACUCAGCCUCCUACGACAGCGACCCCACUGCUCCUCCUCCUCCCAUGCUCCUCAGCGCUCAGUAUCACAUUCACACUCACGGCGUCUUCAGAGGGCUUCAGGACGUCAGGCGGGUAUCCAGCAUUGCUCCUCCUGUUGCAAAGUCUUCAGAGGCCAGUGAGAAACGCCCUUUUGUGUGUGCGUAUCCCGGCUGCAGCAAGAGAUACUUCAAACUGUCUCACCUGCAGAUGCAUGGCCGCAAACACACAGGAGAGAAGCCUUACCAGUGUGAUUUCACUGACUGCGGCCGCAGAUUCUCUCGCUCGGACCAGUUAAAGAGACACCAGCGCAGACACACAGGAGUGAAGCCCUUUCAGUGUGAGACAUGUCAGAGAAAGUUUUCACGGUCAGACCAUCUUAAGACGCACACUCGGACUCAUACAGGUGAGAAGCCUUUUACCUGCCGCUGGUCCAACUGUCAGAAGAAGUUUGCCCGCUCAGACGAGCUGGUGCGCCACCACAGCAUGCACCAGAGGAACCUGACCAAGCUGCAGCCUGCCAUGUGAGCAGCGGGCGCAGGAGGAGG